AUGCGAGCGGAGGUGCAUCGCCUGCCGACUACGAAGGAAACAGAGGAGGAACUGGAACAGAAGAAGCAGUCCACUUCUGCGACAACAGCCUCGACAAGUGCCAAUGGAAAUAAUAAUUCAUUUGCCAUGGAAGGUAGUCAUACAUCAUUCCAACCGUGGCCGUCUAUCGAAGAAGUUCGAGCAAGAAAGGAGCAAUUGCUAAAGAAGACGCCACUACCUUUUUAUAAAACGCAUGUAAAUUCUGGAACCAGCCCACAACAGUCUCAACCUGGUCCAAGUACAAAGUAUCCAAGUCCAGUUCAAAAGUCAGCUGUGCCGCCACACAGGAAAUAUGAGCAAGAGGCCUCACCCGUGGUUUCGUCGACCGAUGAUGAGAAGCGGUCGUCUUCACCAUCAAGAAGAUUUCGCAUAUCAGUCUCACCAACGCGAAGAAUCGAAACGGAUACAGGCGGCAAUGGAAAAACGCGUCGAUUCACAAUAAAGCAAGAAUCGGCAGCUCCCUCAAUGACGUCCGUUCGUCGGGUGACCCCACCGAAAGAGGAGCAGCUUACCGCUAGUAAAGCUCCAUGUGUUCAAUUUGGUGAUGAUGAUAGUCCUAGAGUUCAUGAAGGAUAG